CCUGUUGUGUUGCUAUCAACUGUCGCUGGGCAACCUGGAAACAAAAUGACGGAGUUGCACCAGGCAGCAGCGGUAGGUGAUUAUGAUCAGGUUGUGGAGAUUCUGAGGCAGGAGAAAUGCAGUCCCAAUCACAGGGACAUCGACUGGAGUUACAAGACCCCUCUCCACUGGGCAGCAGCUAAAGGGCAUACAGAAAUAAUCAGGAUCCUCAUACAGCACGGAGCCAGGCCAUGUCUAAGGACAGAGCACGGAUGGACUCCAGCCCACUUUGCGGCAGAGUCCGGCAAGCUGGCUGUGCUGCGGCUGCUGCACUCGCUCCAUGCUCCCAUAGACAAAGAGGACUUCUGUGGAGACAAACCCAUGAGGAUAGCUGAAAUAUAUGGCCACAAAGACUGUGCACUAUUUCUUAAAAAAGCAGAGACGGAAUGUCAGACCUUCCGCGAAACGGCGGCUAAAGAGGGACUUCAGCUGGAUGAUACAGAUGAGGAAUGGGGAGAUCAAGGCAAAGAAAACAAGGAAAAAAGGAUUUCAUACAAGCAACAAUCGAAUGGAGAAUCAACUUGA